AUGGUCAGCGUGGAGGGCCGAGCCAUGUCCUUCCAGAGUAUCGUCCGCCUGUCCCUGGACAGCCCUGCCCAUGCCGUUUGUGUGUUGGGCACAGAAAUCUGCUUGGAUCUCAGCGGAUGUGCCCCCCAGAAGUGCGAGUGCUUCACCAUCCAUGGCUCUGGGAGGGUCUUGAUUAACGUGGCCAACACAGUGAUUUCUGAGGAGGAGGACACCACCAUCUGGUGGCCCCUGUCUGAUCCCACGUACGCCACAGUGAAGAUGAUAUCACCCAGCCCUUCUGUGGAUGGGGAUAAGGUCUCGAUCGCGUACUAUGGGCCCAAUGAGGAUGCCCCCGUGGGCACAGCUGUGGUGUACCUCACUGGCAUUGAGGUCUCUCUAGAGGUAGACAUCUACCGCAGUGGGCAAGUUGAGAUGUCAAGUGACAAACAGGCUAAGAGUGCUGGCCUCCAGACGUUCCUUAACUUUUGCUUUGUCUUUUGCCCAGAAAUGAAGAAUCUGUCCCAGAUGACACUGAGUGUCCAAGGCCCCAGCUGUAUCUUAAAGAAAUAUCGGCUAGUCCUCCAUACCUCCAAGGAAGAGUCGAAGAAGGCGAGAGUCUACUGGCCCCAAAAAGACAACUCCAGUACCUUUGAGUUGGUGCUGGGGCCUGGCCAGCACGCCUAUACCUUGGCUCUCCUUGGGAACCACUUGAAAGAGACCUUCUACAUUGAAGCUAUAGCGUUCCCAUCCGCCGAAUUCUCGGGCCUCAUCUCCUACUCUGCGUCCCUGGUGGAGGAGUCUCAAGACCCGUCAAUUCCAGAGACUCUGCUGUACAAAGACACGGUGGUGUUCCGGGUGGCUCCCUGCGUCUUCAUUCCCUGCACUCAGGUGCCUCUGGAGGUUUACCUGUGCAGAGAGCUGCAGCUGCAGGGUUUUGUGGACACAGUGACGGAGCUGAGUGAGAAGAGCAACAGCCAGGUGGCAUCUGUCUAUGAGGACCCCAACCGCCUGGGCAGGUGGCUCCAGGAUGAGAUGGCCUUCUGCUACACCCAGGCUCCCCACAAGACAACAUCCUUGAUCCUCGACACGCCUCAGGCCACCGAUCUUGAUGAGUUCCCCAUGAAGUACUCAUUGAGCCCUGGUAUUGGCUACAUGAUCCAGGACACUGAGGACCAUAAAGUGGCCAGCAUGGAUUCCAUUGGGAACCUGAUGGUGUCCCCACCUGUCAAGGUCCAAGAGAAAGAGUACCCCCUGGGCAGAGUCCUCAUUGGCAGCAGCUUUUACCCCAGCGCAGAGGGCCGGGCCAUGAGUAAGACCCUCCGAGACUUCCUCUAUGCCCAGCAGGUCCAAGCGCCAGUGGAGCUCUACUCGGAUUGGCUAAUGUCGGGCCACGUGGAUGAGUUCAUGUGCUUCAUCCCCACAGAUGACAAGAAUGAGGGCAAAAAGGGCUUCCAGCUGCUCCUGGCCAGUCCCAGCGCCUGCUAUAAACUGUUCCGAGAGAAACAGAAGGAAGGCUAUGGCGAUGCUCUUCUGUUUGACGAGCUUAGAGCAGAUCAGCUCUUGUCUAAUGGAAGGGAAGCCAAAACCAUCGACCAACUUCUGGCUGAUGAAAGCCUGAAGAAGCAGAAUGAAUACGUGGAGAAGUGCAUUCACUUGAACCGUGACAUCCUGAAGACAGAGCUGGGCCUGGUGGAACAGGACAUCAUCGAGAUUCCUCAGCUGUUCUGCUUGGAGAAGCUGACUAACAUCCCCUCUGACCAGCAGCCCAAGAGGCCCUUCGCGAGGCCAUACUUCCCUGACCUGCUGCGGAUGAUUGUGAUGGGCAAGAACCUGGGGAUCCCCAAGCCUUUUGGGCCCCAAAUCAAGGGGGCCUGCUGCCUGGAGGAAAAGAUUUGCCGCUUGCUGGAGCCCCUGGGUUUCAAGUGCACCUUCAUCAAUGACUUUGACUGUUACCUGACAGAGGUCGGAGACAUCUGUGCCUGUGCCAACGUCCGCCGGGUGCCCUUUGCCUUCAAAUGGUGGAAGAUGGUACCUUAG